AUAUCUUAUGCUAUAACCAACUAUAGGCUACAGUAGAUCUAUCACUAUCAGUAUCAUCUAUGACUGUCUAUGAUGUCAAGUAGAUAGAUCUCUACUCUAGUUCUAGGAUUCUAGAUUUAGAUCUAUCUAGAUAAUUAGUAGAUAGAUCUAGAUCUAAUUAAUCUAAAGACAAAGAUGAAUCUACAAAAAAUAGACACUUGUUUGAAUGCAGACUCGGUUGAAUUUUGUCCGUAUGAAGGCUUACAACAAUUUCUUCUUUGUGGUACUUACAAACUUGAAGAAUCAACAAAAUUAAAUUCAGCUGAGUGUGAGUCAUCUAGUGAACUGAAGGAAGAUUUAAUGAAGGAUAAACGUUCUUCCACUCUCUGUUCAAGUCAAAAAAGGAAUGGAGGCAUAAUAUUAUACAAGUUGAUUCAAGAUGCAGUGUGUAGGCCAUCAUUAGACAAAUGUCUUAGUUUGGACAUUUGUGGAGUGUUAGACAUCAAAUGGCCAAAUAGUCCUAUUGAAAAUGAAGCCGUGUUUGGAUUGGUGAAUGCAGAAGGAUAUAUUCAGGUACUAAAUCUAAAUCCAGAGGAUAACUCCAUAGAAACAUUGGCUAUGUGUGAAUUGUCUCCAUCUUCCCUAGGGCUGUCAUUAGGAUGGUCAGCACACAAAAAGUUGGUGACUGCCUCUGAUUCCCAUGGUAAUAUAUCAAUCUAUCAAAUUGAUAAAGAAAUGAGUCAAGUCUCAAAAUGGAAGGCACAUGAGUAUGAGGCAUGGAUUACAGCCUUUGACCACUUUAAUCCAGACAUUGUUUAUACAGGAGGAGAUGAUGCAAAAUUUAAAGCAUGGGAUGUUAGAGAUUUGUCACACCCUACAUUCUGCAGUAAAAGACAUUCGAUGGGUGUUUGCAGCAUUCAGAGUCAUCCUGUAAAUGAACAUAUAGUUGCUACUGGAAGUUAUGAUGAGAAUUUAAUCAUCUGGGAUAACAGACAAUGGAAAGAGCCACUGGACUCCAUUGCACUUGGUGGUGGCAUUUGGAGGAUAAAAUGGGAUCCUUUUUUUGGAACUAGUAUUCUGACAGCUACAAUGUACAAUGGAGCUCAUAUAAUUGAUUGUAGAGAAAUAGGCAAAAACACAUUGAGUAUAUCUGUUGAGUAUCAAGAUCACAAUCUAGCUUAUGGUGCUGAUUGGUGCAGGUUAAAAACAGAGGGAAAAACUGCAAUAGUAUCAACAUGCUCUUUUUAUGAUCAUUCUUUGCAUUUAUGGAAAUGGAAUUUUGAAUAAAUGUUUCAAUGUAAUAAAAUG